UAACUUCUGUUAUUGAAAUGUUCAGUAUUCUCCACUUUCUUUCCCUCCUGUGCUGUGGUCCGUGUUAAAUCAAUGUUGUACUGUACACUUUUCCAGUUUACCACAUGACCCGUGUGCUGCUCUUUUAAGCCCUCUGGACAGAUCGAGGCAACACAGUGAAGACAUCCACACACUUGACCACACACUGGAUUCAGGCCUCAUCUGCAGUACUUACCUUUAGUAUGGGCCUGAGAUUCCUGUGUGUAGCUUCAGCUCUCCUUCUGGGGGCCACACUCACCAUUUCGAUGGCGGACCGCGCCUCCCAGUGCAAAGUCAAAUGGUUGUUUGGAAUAUCAUGUGAAGUUUUUACUGGAAAGCUGGUGAGCCAGAUCAAAGCCUGGCAGAUCGGGCAAAGGUGUUUGUAUGCAGGAGAGAGGUGCUCGUACGAGCUUGUGUCGACAGCUCCAUACGUGAUCAAAGCCACACACACGUCUCCAACAACCAAAAAAGUCAACGACCUCCAGUUUCUUCUAGAGCAGUCAACUGUUUGCAAAAUGACUGUAAGUGUGUUUUUUUUCUGAAUGAGCCAACAGACUGAUUCAGCUCAUACAAAACCUAAACUGUGUCUAUACUUCAAAGCCACUUCCUCCUCCUCAGCUCAAACCUUUC